CUUCUUCGUAUUCUGCUCUUCACCUCUUAUCUCUUUUUAAUUUCUCACACCAUUGAUCUUCCUAGCUUUUCCUUUUGUUUUCAUCACUCCCUUAAUCGAAUAUAUAUGGUUUCCUAUUCCUUUUGCAAAGGAUCUACAAGGCAGACCUAAUAUAUCAACAAAGGGAUUUCAAGAACAUAUACAUAAUAUAGCCUCUACUUAAUUAGACAAACAAUGGAGUCAAUGGAAUCUUGUAGCGUUCCUCCAGGAUUCAGGUUCCAUCCAACGGACGAAGAGCUUGUAGGAUAUUAUCUAAGGAAGAAAGUUGCAUCACAAAAGAUUGAUCUUGAUGUCAUUAGAGAAAUCGAUCUAUACAAAAUCGAACCAUGGGAUCUACAAGAGAGGUGCCGAAUCGGGUAUGAGGAACAAAACGAAUGGUACUUUUUUAGCCACAAGGACAAGAAAUAUCCAACGGGAACAAGAACUAAUAGAGCGACAAUGGCUGGAUUUUGGAAAGCAACGGGAAGGGACAAAGCUGUUUAUGACAAAACAAAACUGAUUGGGAUGAGGAAAACACUUGUGUUCUACAAAGGACGUGCUCCUAAUGGCCUGAAAUCGGAUUGGAUCAUGCAUGAGUACCGGCUCGAGUCUGAUGAGAACGCACCGCCCCAGGAAGAAGGGUGGGUGGUUUGUAGAGCAUUCAAGAAAAGACCAACAGUGCAAGGCAAGAACAUGGAAACGUGGAGCUCAAGUUAUUUCUACGAUGAAGUCGUAUCGAGUGGAGUUAACUCGGUUAUAGAUCCCACUGAGUACAUAUCUAAUGAGCAACAUAACUUUUUUGGGAAAGGUUUGAUGUGUAAGCAAGAACUAGAAGGAAUGAUCGACGGUAUAAACUAUAUGCAAUCGAAUCAUCAAUUCGUUCAACUCCCGCAACUCCAAAGCCCUUCUCACCCGCUGAUGAAAAGGCCAUCGAGCUCGAUGUCCAUAACAUCAAUGGAGAACAAUUAUAACUACAACCUCCCAUUAGAUGGUGAAGAAAGGUUCGAGUCGUUAAUAAGCAGAGAGAAUAAAAGGAAGAAGAAGAAGCAAGUAAUGAUGAAGGGAGAUUGGAGAGAACUAGACAAGUUUGUUGCUUCCCAACUUAUGAGCCAAGAAGAUCAUGCAAGUUCAGGUUUAAUAAGUCAUGAAGAUAUGGAGAUGGAUUCGUCAAUGUCGUUGAACGACAGAGAUGAAGAGAACAGGUUCAUCAGUGAGUUCUUGAGUACAAACUUGGAUUGUGAUAUUGGAAUUUGCGUUUUUGAUAAAUGAUAGUAAUAUAACGUUGCCUUAUAUAUACUUCAUGUUUGAAUAUCAACGUACAAGCCAAUUAAAAGUAUACAUUUUUAUGAAAAUAAUUAAUGCUUUUUAAUUUAGGGUUGUGAAUCUGUGAGACAUAUACAUUUAUAUUACGACACGUACU